AUGUUAUUUCUUUACUUUUUCUAUUGUUUCUUUUUUCGUUCUCUCUUUUUUUUUUUUAGCUUCUUUUCUUUUUUCUUCCUUGUUCUGAGUUCUUUUCUUUCAUUCCUUUUUCUUUUUCUCUUGGUUUCUUUCUUUCAUUUAUACACUUUCUUUCUUUCUUUCUUUCUUUCUAUCUUUCUUUCUUUUCACGCUGUCUUUCUCUUUAUUUGUUUCUUUCUAUCGAGCUUCAUCUUCUCUUUCUUUCUUUCUCUCCCCCUCUCUCUCCCCCCACCUCUCUCUCUUUUACUCACAGUCAGUUAUUUACAAAUCUUGUUUCUUCUUCCUCUCCUAAUUGUCUCUUACUCAUUUUAUUUCAACUUUUUUAUUGUUUCAUUCACGUCUUCAAGUUGUCUGCAUUUUAUUCUUGCACCGAUUAAAAAGUAUUCCUUUAAUUUUAAUAUCUAUCUCCAAAUAUUCUCUGAUUCUACCCUCUUUUUAAACGUCAUUUCUUUUUGCUUUCUUUUUUCUAUUAGUCUUUCCUCCCUACUUCCUUUUCUAGUCUUAUUUAUUUCCUUCUUUCUUUUUUUUUUUAGCUUUUCUUUCAAUUCUUACCUUUUUUUGUGUUUCUCUUUCUUUUUCCCUUUAGUCAUUUCUUUUUUUUUUUUUCUUUUUUAUUUAUCUUCAUUUUCUUGA